AUGGCUGUUUCUGCUUCAAAAGCUAAAAGAGAUGCUAAAAAAGCCGCUCAAGGUAAAAAGACAAAGAAAACUGUCGAUGCUGGUGAAGCUGCUGCUGCUGAAAUCCAAAACUUAAAAUUACAACAAGAUAAAGAUGGUAUUUCUGACCGUGUUACCACCGGUGUUUUAGAUUCUUUAGAAACUUCAAGAGAUAUUAAAUUUUCUUCAGUUUCAUUAUUAUUCCAUGGUAAAGUUUUAAUUCAAGAUUCUGAAUUAGAAUUAAAUUAUGGUCGUCGUUAUGGUUUAUUAGGUGAAAAUGGUUGUGGUAAAUCUACUUUGUUAAAUGCUUUAGCUGCUAGAGAAUACCCAAUUCCAGAAGCUAUUGAUGUCUAUUUAUUAAAUGAACCAGCUGAACCAUCUGAAUUCUCAGCUUUAGAAUAUGUUGUUCGUGAAGCUGAACAUGAAUUAAAAAGAUUAGAAGAUAUGGUUGAAGAAAUCAUUGUUAAAGAUGGUCCAGAAUCCCCAGUUUUGGAAGGUAUUUAUGAAAGAAUUGAUUCUAUGGAUCCUUCAACUUUUGAAUCAAGAGCUGCUGUUAUCUUGAUUGGUUUAGGUUUCAACUCUAAAACUAUUUUGAAAAAAACUAAAGAUAUGUCUGGUGGUUGGAAAAUGCGUGUUGCUUUAGCUAAAGCUUUGUUCGUUAAACCAACUUUAUUAUUAUUAGAUGAUCCAACCGCGCAUUUAGAUUUAGAAGCUUGUGUUUGGUUAGAAGAAUAUUUAAAACGUUUUGAUCGUACCUUAGUUUUAGUUUCUCAUUCUGAAGAUUUCUUAAACGGUGUUUGUACAAACAUGAUUGAUAUGAGAUUACAAAAAUUAACCGCUUAUGGUGGUAACUAUGAUUCUUAUCAUAAAACUAGAUCUGAACAAGAAACCAAUCAAAUGAAGAGUUAUCAUAAACAACAAGAAGAAAUUGUUCAUAUUAAAAAAUUCAUUGCUUCUGCUGGUACUUAUGCUAAUUUAGUUCGUCAAGCUAAAUCUAGACAAAAAAUCUUGGAUAAGAUGGAAGCUGAUGGUUUAAUUGAAAAAGUUGUUCCAGAUAGAGUUUUCGAAUUUAGAUUUCCAAAUGUUGAUAAAUUACCACCUCCAGUUUUAUCAUUCGAUGACAUCUCAUUCGCUUAUGAUGGUAAUCCAGAAAACAAUUUAUAUGAACAUUUAAGUUUUGGUGUUGAUAUGGAUUCAAGAAUUGCCCUUGUUGGACCAAACGGUGUUGGUAAAUCUACUUUAUUAAAAAUUAUGACUGGUGAAUUACAAGCUCAAGCUGGUCGUGUUUCAAGACAUACACAUAUUAAAGUUGGUGUUUACUCCCAACAUUCAGCUGAUCAAUUAGAUUUAACUAAAACCGCUUUAGAAUUCGUUCGUGAUAAAUUCUCUCAUAUUUCCCAAGAUUAUCAAUACUGGAGAGGUCAAUUAGGUCGUUACGGUUUAAGUGGUGAAGCUCAAACCGCUCAAAUGGCCACUUUAUCAGAAGGUCAACGUUCAAGAGUUGUUUUCUCAUUAUUAGCUUUAGAAUCACCAAACAUUUUAUUAUUGGAUGAACCUACUAAUGGUUUAGAUAUUCCAACAAUUGAUUCCUUAGCUGACGCUAUCAAUGAAUUCAGUGGUGGUGUUUGUGUUGUUAGUCAUGAUUUCCGUCUAUUGGAUAAAAUUGCUAAAGAUAUUUUCGUUGUUGAAGGUAAAACAGCAACAAGAUGGGAUGGUUCAAUUGGUGACUAUAAGAAAAAACUUGCCAAAAACGUUGUCUUAUAA